AUGGCAGAAUCACCUCAGCUGGAAAAGCCUGCAGCAGCGGACUCGAAUCUAGAAUCGCUUGGAUACAUUCCCGAAUUAUCGCGCAACCGAUCAACAUGGCAGGUGGUAUUCAUGUGUUUUAUUCUUGCCUCGGUUCCAUAUGGCUUGUCCACGACCAUGAUGUAUACGAUGGCAGGCGGUGGCUCAGCUAACAUGAUAUGGGGCUGGGUCGCCGUGUCGCUAAUCAUGUUAUGUGUGGCUGGCUCUUUAGCAGAGAUCACUUCGGUCUAUCCCACUGCUGGUGGUGUGUAUUAUCAGACUUUUGCCUUGUCACCCACGUGGUGUCGUCGGGUCACGGCCUGGGUUUGCGGUUGGUCGUAUAUUGCGGGAAAUAUCACCAUAACUCUCGCGGUUAAUUUUGCCACGGCGCUAUUUCUCGUCGAGAGCUUGAAUGUAUUCAAAAAUGCCGACGGUGUUGGUAUCACAGAGAACUUUGAAACAUAUCAGAGCUACCUUAUCUUCCUUGCGAUCACCCUGCUCUGUCAUGCUAUUUCCGCCUUUGGUAACCGAUGGCUGACACAUUUAGAGACCUUCGCCAUCUUCUGGACCCUCGCAGGAGUAGCCGCUAUCAUAAUCACUAUACUUGUCGUUGCAGCCCACGGCAGACGAUCUGCUAAAUGGGUGUUUACCAGUUUUGAGCCACAGUCAGGCUGGCCCGACGGCUGGUCCUUUUGUAUCGGCCUGCUUCAGGCUGCCUAUGGUCUUUCUGCAUCUGGCAUGGUCACCUCAAUGUGCGAAGAAGUGCACAAACCUGCCAUUCAGGUCCCCAAAGCGAUAGUCGGCGGCGUCGCCCUCAACUUCUUUGCCGGUCUCUGUCUCCUGAUCCCUAUCUGCUUCGUCCUGCCCGAUAUCGCCAUGCUAGCAAACCUCGCCUCAGGCCAACCCGUCCCGACAAUCAUCUUAUCAGCCACCGGAAAUUCCGCAGGUGCCUUCUGCCUCCUUAUCCCGCUCCUGAUCCUCGGUAUACUGUGUGGCGUGGGUUGCGUGACCGCCGCGUCUCGGUGCACCUGGGCGUUUGCGCGCGAUGGCGCCAUUCCCGGUUCGAAAUGGUUCAAGAAGGUCAACAAGAGUUUAGACGUUCCCCUGAAUGCAAUGAUGCUCGGCAUGGCCAUCGAAAUCCUCCUAGGCCUUAUCUACUUCGGCUCCACGGCCGCAUUCAACGCUUUUUCGGGUGUAGGCGUUAUCUUCUUAACUUUGAGUUACGGUUCCCCGGUUGCCGUCUCCCUGAUCCUUCGCCGUCGCAAAGACAUCAAGAAGGGAAACUUUGAUCUCGGCGCGUUGGGCAUUUUCUGCAAUAUAGUUUGCAUUGCAUGGACCCUUCUUGCCAUUCCCCUCUUCUCGAUGCCAACAACCAUCCCAGUCACUCAGGAGAGCAUGAACUACGCCUCUGUCGUCUUCGUCGGCUUUGUUAUCAUCUCGGCCCUCUGGUAUUGGGCCUGGGGGUAUAGAAAUUAUGCCGGUCCGCCGACAACGGAGACUGAUUUUGCUUUGGAAUUUGCUGCCGAGAGCCAUAGCAUGGAGAAGUUAAGUUGA